UAUCCACUAGCUCAGAAGCUCAAGGAGAAGAAAUUUUCGUUCGAUCGAUCGAUAUGGGGGAUUCAUCAUCGGAAGAUUUCUCAGUGUUAGUGUUGGCGUCAGAUCUGGGGGUAGACGCUCGGCCCUUCUUGUCUCCAUCAGAGCGAGAAACAGAAGACAACUUGAAUGACUCUCCCUCCGACCAAGACUUCUCCGAUCUCGACGCCUUGCAAUUCUUUCGCCUCGAACCCGGCUCCGACAAAUCCGCCAAUCGCAUCUUUCGCAUCGUCGGAAAAUAUUUCCCCGCUCCGGUUAUAUGUGGUGAACGUCUGAAAAAGUAUGUUUUUCACAAAUUACGUACUGAGAUGCCGGAAGGACCAUUCUGCAUUGUUUACAUGCACAGUACUGUGCAGAAGGAAGAUAACAACCCUGGCCUAACGAUCUUGAGGUGGAUAUAUGAAGACCUUCCCUCGGAUUGUAAGGAUAGGCUUCAGGUUGUGUACUUCAUUCAUCCAGGGCUCCGCUCAAGGCUGGUCGUUGCCACUCUUGGUCGCUUGUUUCUAAGUGGAGGCUUAUAUUGGAAAAUCAAGUAUAUUAGCCGGCUGCAGUACCUUUGGGAAGAUGUAAGUAAAGGAGAGGUUGAAAUCCCGGAGUUUGUGCAGAAUCAUGAUGAUAUUCUGGAGGAAAGACCGCUGACAGAUUAUGGAAUUGAACCAGAUCCACUCCGCUUAACUGAGAUGCCUACAGCCUACUCAUUUGGGAGAAUUGACGAGAGGUGGGCAGCUAAAGAAUUUAUGUCUUAAGAGUGUGGCUAUUAUUAUGGAGGCUCAAAGCUAGAAUAUGAAGCCUUGUACAUAUUAAUGUUGUGUGUUGCAUUUGGGAACUUUGAACCUUUUCUGCUUGUGAGCUAAACUUUAGCAGCAGAUGUUUCAGAUAUGUUGUGAUGUUUGUUACUUACAUACACACUUUUUUAUUUGGUCCUUUGUCACUCCUUGGUGGUGCUUUUUUCAUGUUGUAUAAUUGUAAAACAGGUUUCUUGGAGGAACCAAUAUGGAUCUUGAGUACACUACCAAUAGAUCCUAAAA